CUCCAGUCUGGGGGCUGGAGAACAGAGUUGCUUGGGAUUGUUUUGAUGGGACGGUGGCGGAGCCAUCUUGUUUUAUAUGCGUCCUAAGCCUCGUAGGAAACAGCCCUGGAAUAUGACACUACAUCCCGACCCUAGCCAACUGAAAUAAACACAUCCGAGUGUCGAAGCUCAUUUCUGAUCGACGGAGUUCACGCAGAGAGCGGAAUCUGCUGUUCGUUGGGAUUUAUUUCUCAACAUCGGCGGCUGGUGCUUUAACUGCAUUUUCUCUCGCACAUUUUCUCCGGUGUAAGAUACUAUGAAUGGAGGAUAAAUGUUGCCGAAGGCUGACAGCGGUGGUUUUGUGCUUUUCCUCUUCAUUCUGACAGUAACAUAUCCGUCACGGACAGGUCCACGGCUCGCUCUGGCCAGACUGUUGCCAGAUCAGCGCUGCAGUCCUGGCCAGUUCACCUGCCGGAGCGGAAAAAUGCAGUGCAUCCCUCUGUCCUGGCAGUGCGAUGGAUGGGCGGCCUGUGAGGACAAAAGCGAUGAGAUAGAUUGCCCUACAAUAAAGGAGGAGCGGUAUCGUUACAGCAACGGUUUUGAGCCGGUGGAGGACGUCAUGGGAGUCGCUCAGCCAGUGCGCUUCAACAGGAAGUGUCCGAGCGGCUGGCACCACUAUGAGAAGACAGCCAGCUGUUAUAAAGUCUACCUGAGGAGCGAGAACUACUGGCAGGCGGUGGAAACCUGUCAGAAGGUCAACGGCUCCCUCGCGACGUUCGGCACCAAUGAAGAGCUGCAGUUCAUCCUCAAGAUCGAGGUGGACUUCGAUGAGAAAGUGUGCGAGCGAAAGGACCAGUGCAAGUUCUGGGUGGGAUAUCAGUAUGUGAUUACCAACCAGAAUCAUUCGAUCGAGGGCCGUUGGGAAGUGGCAUAUAAAGGGUCCAUGCAGGUGUUUUUGCCUCCGGAGGGUCUGGCUAAUUUGGGCGAGGCGAACCCCACCCAGGAUAACGUGUUCUGUGCCCAGCUACAGCGUUUUCAGAUCAAGAACAUGAACGAGCGAGGCUUACACAGCUGGCACGCCGAAAACUGCUACAAAAAAUUCCCCUUCCUCUGCAAGAGAAGACAAACGUGUGUGGACAUCAGAGACAACGUGGUGAACGAGGGCUAUUAUUUCACACCUAAAGGGGACGACCCGUGUCUGAGCUGCACGUGCCACGACGGCGAGCCGGAGAUGUGUGUGGCUGCUCUGUGUGAGCGCCCGCAGGGCUGCCAGCAUUUCCGCAAGGACCCUAAAGAGUGUUGCAAGUUCACCUGCUUGGAUCCCGACGGUAGCAGUCUGUUUGACUCUAUGGCCAGCGGGAUGAGGCUCAUCGUGAGCUGCAUCUCGUCCUUCCUCAUCCUCUCGCUGCUGCUCUUCAUGGUGCACAGACUGAGACAGCGCCGGCGGGAACGCAUCGAAACCCUCAUUGGAGGAAACUUGCAUCAUUUCAAUCUGGGUCGGAGGGUCCCUGGCUUUGACUACGGGCCGGAUGCGUUCGGGACGGGCCUGACGCCUCUGCACCUCUCUGAUGAUGGUGAAAGUGGAGCUUUUCACUUCCAGGAGCCUCCACCCCCUUAUGCUGCUUACAAAUACCCAGAUAUCCACCACCCCGACGACCCUCCGCCUCCAUAUGAGGCCUCCAUCAACCCAGACAGCAUCCUCUACAUGGACCUUGGAUGGACCAGUGUUCCGCUGGUGACUGGUCACAUGAGCGGCACGGUCGACUCUCUCCAGAGGGAUUUCCCCGAGCCUGCGCUCCCCGCCCCGCCGCCGCCGCCCCUGGAGGAGCGCGAGGACUCCAUCGACAGCAGCACCCUGCUGGUGUCUCCAGACACCCCCAGCGAAUCAGAGAGCAGCAUCACGCAGAGCUCCACCGCAGACUGCAGCGGCCCCUCGCUCAGCACCAUGGUGUAGGGCACAUCAUUGCAUCAUAGGGUACAUGUCCAGACUGAACACUUUACUAGCUGAAGGUAGGACUCAAGGACGAUUUCCUGUUUAGAGCAAAGACUUCAGACACGAAUGAAAAGACACUUUUUUUCUGGUUUUAAUUCAGCUUGAGCGUCACAUGUAAAUACUUCCAUCGGUCAUCGACUGAUGUCAUGGAGGGCCAGUAACGCACCUCUCUGUGAUGUUGACACUGGCAUGUGUCAAUCACCACACUUUGAACGAAUGAACCGGUUGACGAACAGACUUUUUAGGCCUUAGUGGUGUAAUCAAGACAACCUGACGUUCUCUCACUGGACUCGUUCCUGGCACAAAGAAGCCAUUUUUCCUUGACUCAUUACUGCUCUGUCCAAACUGACCCUUCAGAAGGCUUUCUUGGGCGGUCGUUCACCUGUCCGUCUCUACGGGAAGGAUCCGUUUGGAUGUGAGUGACACCAUAUUACUAUCUGGAGUUCUGUGAUGUCUGGUUUUUAUAUUUCUGUCUGUCGGAUCAGUAGCACAAACUAAAAAAAGUACGAAAAAAAAAAACUUGAUUCUUUUAGAUAGAGGUACGAGUUUCAGCCACUUUUACGUGUCCUGCUGUGGCAUGGUAAAGAAUGUCAUCACCAACCUAGAAGCUAGAAGAUUCUUUUGGGAGGUGAACUUUUUAGCGUGUCGUCUGUGUCACAUUUGAUCAAGUCUAAAAAGGUGAAUCUGAUGAAAGCUGUGAAGAAAUGACCCGUUUCCACCGAAAGAAAAAAUAAGAGAUUAUAUUUUGCAUAGAAGCUAAUUGAACGAUUUCUUUUUUGCAUCAUGACAUUUUCAUGGCACUCAAACACUCCAAAACUACUUGUGGUCAACAAUAUUUCAAACAAUAUUUAAAAUUAUUUCAUGAGCAUAACAAUAAACAAUAAAUACUAACAUUUAAAAGAAAAUAAUUAAAAACAAUUAUAUAUAUGGUAUUUGCUGUACUAAAUUUACAAUAAUUAUUAAAAAAUUAAAAAAAUUAAAAAUACUUUUUUUUUUCAUUGUGAUGAGGAAUUUUUAUGCAAAUUAGAACUUUUUUUAUUUUGUGGUGUAAUAUGAUCUGGUCAUUUCUUCAUAAGUCCGGCACUAAUAUACAUUUUGGAUAUAGAAUGUAACUGUUAAAAAAAAGCUCAACAUUUACCUGCGUAUUAAAUAUUUUCACUCAUUUUUGUCUCUCAAACUGAUCUCAGACGGAGUGCUGAAGCAAAUCAUGGUGUUUGAAAUAGAUGUUUCUUCUAGUUGAGAUCCUGAGUUAGGUUUUGCGUGUUUAGACUUGUCUAUGAUGAAUUCUGAGGUUUGCGUUCAUGUUCGGUCUGUCAGUGUGUGUGCGACUUUUUUUUUUAUUUUCAUUUUCAGCACCUGAAAUCAUGUGCUCUCAUAUUAUUUAGAUGUAAAUCACCAAAAAAUUCAUUACUUGACACUAAGUAAAUGUGAGCGCAGAAAUGUAAAUGUAUCUAAGAGCAAAACACUUCUUUUUUUGUGUUUCAUCAUUUACCAAUUUACAGACUACUUAAUUGCCAUUUGGACAGUGUAUUUCUAUUGAAUGAAUUGUGUAAUCAAAUACGUAAGUUAUGAACUUAGAUUUGGUCUGCAUUGUUGCUCACUGAAACAAACACUGCUUUUUGUAUAAGGGAAUAGAAUUUUUUUCUGACUGGAAAAAAGCCCAAACUAAAUGACAAUCAGGCAUUUCGUACAAAGAUAAAGAUGUUUUUGCACAACAAAAGCACAUAGACUUACUGUGUUGGGCUGAAAUGCAAAGACAAAUUAAUGUGAAGUCAGCCAGCAGAUCCCUAUUUCAUUAAAGAUCCAUCACCAGCACCAAAAUCAUUGAGGAUGAAGACAUUUUGUCCUCCAGGUAAAUGUUCUUUUACUGUGUAGUCUUUGUUUCCCAGGGUUUCACCAGCACAGACAAUCCUGUGAAUAUCAGUUUACUUUUCGUGUGUGAGUGUGUGUGUGUGUGUGUGUGAGAACUGGUCGUGUGUAAUGUAAAAGUUGGCAUGAAUGUUUUGCAGACCUCCGGUUGCAUGUUUUUUCUCUUGUGCAUGCAGAGAGGACGUCUCUUCUGCUGUUGUACUCUUCAUUUCUGCUAUGCUUACAGACGCGAGGUUCAAUCCACAUCUGCAUCCCAUUUGCAAACUUUUUUUAAAUAAAAAAGUAGAUGAUUUCUUCUAGAUAGACUUUGUGGUGCAACGAGGGAAAAAAAGCACCAUGGAAUGUUUUAUGUAGAAUGCAACGGUCAGUGAAUCUGUUGAUUCUUCUUUUUUUAUGUCAUGUACUGUUUUUUUGUCACAGGGCUUUUUUUUUUCUCUUAAGUAGUUGUACAUCUAAUCAAAUGCCAAAUAAAUUGUACCAUGAAGGACA